AUGCGAACCCAAGCUGCUAUCCUGCUUGGACUGAGCUGGGUUGUGACCCCAGUCGUCGCGGGGGGCUUCUCAUUCUCGGCUCCUAAUCUUCCAGAUUAUUGCUUCUACGCUAUCUAUGAAUCUCUUGGCUCUUACACAUGGGAGGGCGAAACCACGACGUCUUCUAGCUCGAGCAGCUCUGGACACGGCUCUUCGUCUAGCAGCUCUGGACAUGGUUCCAGUGAUUCUUCUUCCACCAUCACUGCCAGCAGUGCUUCCAGCAGUGGUUUCAAGGUUACAUCCCAUGGCAGACGAUCAAUGAGACAGAAACGUGGACACCAUGGAUCAAGCUCGACGGGAUUAUGCACAAGCACAGUGGGCGUCAUGUCCGCAUAUGUUAGCGCCAAAUCAUGGUGCACCAAGGAACAAUUCAACACUGCAAUUCCAACCUACUGGGACAGUCUUUGUGAGGAUGCAAGUGCAACUCUGAUCAGCCUUACGGGGAUUGAAGCCAACGCUACCGAUGAGUAUAUUGCCUCGUUGUCCUUCAUCGACCCGGAAACGAACAGUACCACUACAACUGGAACCAUCUCCACCCCGGUCCUACUCAGCCAUUCAUAUUACAAGCGAGCAUACAAGUCAUACGUGACUCACGACUAUGCCUUAGUCAAAGAUAAACGGAUGGGUUGGGGCAUCAUGGGGUAUUGGGGCGGUGUCCUAUUCCUUGGAAUGGUCUCCAAAGCCUGGAAGAUGGCCCGGGCCAGCAUGAGUCUUUCCCACGGUAGGGAUACUGAAAAGCACAGCGCAUCUGGCUGCAGAUCAUUCGGACCUAUUGCUGCCGCGGCACACUUUGUGCGCACCUACUUUGUUAUUCCCGCCAGCUUCGCUCCUUUUCUGUCGAAUCAUCAGCAGCUCUUCCUUUAUCACACGAUUCCCAAGCGACUAGAUACCCUGAUUGUCUUUGGCUUCUAUGCUAUUUCUAUUAUUCUGGCAUGCGUCAACUAUGAGAGUUUCACGGGUAACAUCCAGACACCGAGUGUCUUCCAGCAGAAUUGGCAAUACUCCUCAGACCGGACUGGGGUUCUUUCCUAUGCUUGCCUGCCCUUCCUGUGGCUGUUUUCUGGACGAAACAACAUCUUUCUCUGGGCAACCGACUUUAGCCUGCAAUCGUUCAACAUUUUCCACCGUCAUACGGCAUGGGUCUGCACGCUUCUUGCAGUGGUUCAUUCGAUUAACUACUCGGUGGUUUUUGCAAUUUACGAUGGCAGAUACUGGAAUGCAUGGAAACAAGAGUAUUGGUACAUGGGUGUCGUGGCCACGAUCGUCAUGGUUUUCAUGCUGGUCCAAUCAGCAACCUACCUUCGUCAGAAGUCUUAUGAAAUCUUCAUCAUCAUCCACUUCCUCUUUUCUAUCUUGACUAUCUACGCCUUAUUCAUGCACACCAGCUUCGACGGAAAGACCUACACCCCCUACCUCUGGCCCCUGGUAGCCAUUUGGCUCUUCGACCGUGGCCUCCGCUACGUGCGAAUGGUCUACUGCAACAUGCACGUGCGGUUCGGAAAGGGCUUCCUCUCCACGCCCCUCUCCACCGUCACCUACAGCUCAGAAAGCGACCUGGUCCGGGUGGAGAUGUACCCUGCCGCGCAGUCUUUGACACCCGCCCCAGGUCAACACUACUACCUCUACCAACCCUACACUCUCCGCGGUUGGGAAAACCACCCCUUCACCCUGGGAUGCUACGAGAACCCCGACUCCAAGGAAUACGAGACGAAGCUGAUCUUCUACAUCCGACCCUACGACGGCUGGACGAAACGUCUCCGCAACCAAUGCCAGAAAGCCGGCGGUGAAAUCCGCACCAAGCUUCUCCUCGAAGGUCCCUACGGCCACCAAGCCCCUCUCCACACCUUCGACAACAUCCUCAUGAUCAUGGGCGGAACGGGAAUUGCCGCCGCCGUGCCCUACAUCAUAGACCACAUCUCGCGGGUCUCGGCCGGAAAGACCAAAACUACCCGUAUCCAUCUCAUCUGGACGGGUCGUCAGAAGAAGAUCUUCGAUGAGGUCUGCUGCCGGGAUCUAUCUACGGCUCUGGAACACAGCGACAUCAUCACGACGCUCUUCUGCACGGACAAAUCCGCUGUCGGAAACGGGAUUGGCUCUGAGGCUACCACUCCCACAAAGGAGAAGGAGGCGGAGGUCGACGCUGCCGCUCUCCAGGAUAAGGCAAGUGGAUCUGUUCGUUCCGUCGAGGACUUGAAUGUUGAGCUACGCUACGGACGGCCAUCUAUCAACUCCACCGUUAGCACUGCUGCCCAAGAAGCGCAUGCUAGCUCCGCCCGGUUGGCGGUUAUUACUUGUGGACCGGCCAAGAUGGCGGAUGAGUGUCGGUCUGCGGUGUAUGAUGUCAUGAAGGGUGGGUUUAAGGAUGUUGAGUACUUUGAGGAGGCAUUUGGAUGGUGAGCUGUAGUGUGGCGAUGAGGGAUAGAGGGG